UCCCCACUCCCACCCAUGACGAUAAUGGUACGUUCCUCGCUCUGUCAAGUUGAAAUUGCACAUUUCAAGGGCAGUUACCAGUGUGUCUGCUCUGUGACGUCUACAUUAAGAGCACCACCAUGAACAUGCUUUGCAGAGUUGGUCAAAUACGCAGGUGUGCAGCCAGCCUGAGCCAAACUAUAAACCAGGUAGCUGCAUCAAGGCACAAGCAUACACUUCCUGAUCUGACCUAUGAUUAUGGUGCCCUGGAGCCCCAUAUCAGUGCGGAGAUCAUGCAGCUGCACCACAGCAAGCAUCACGCCACAUAUGUCAACAACCUGAACAUCACAGAGGAGAAAUAUCAGGAGGCACUAGCGAAGGGAGAUGUGACAGCACAGGUUGCACUCCAGCCUGCUUUGAAGUUUAAUGGAGGAGGCCACAUUAACCACACCAUCUUCUGGACAAACCUCUCUCCAAAUGGUGGAGGUGAGCCACAAGGGGAGCUGAUGGAGGCCAUUAAGCGGGACUUUGGCUCCUUCCAGAAGAUGAAGGAGAAGAUCUCUGCUGCUUCCGUGGCAGUGCAAGGCUCGGGCUGGGGUUGGCUGGGCUACGACAAGGAGAGUGGGAGACUUCGUAUCGCUGCUUGUGCCAACCAGGAUCCCCUGCAGGGAACUACAGGUCUCAUCCCCCUCCUUGGUAUCGAUGUAUGGGAGCAUGCCUACUACCUUCAGUACAAAAAUGUGCGGCCAGACUAUGUUAAGGCUAUCUGGAAUGUUAUCAACUGGGAGAAUGUGAGCGAGCGUCUCCAGAUCGCCAGAAAGUAGAAUCUAGUCCUCAGUUGUCCUCCAUAACCCCUUUCACCAUGACCUGGACCUGGAUCAAAUAGUAGAUGCAUAUAAUGUUCAGGUUUUCUGUGUUUGAAAUUUUUAGAUGAUUACCCACAUCAAAGUUGAUUAUCUAAAAAUACUCACUAUAUUGGUGCAGAUUACAUUGUCUGUAUGGCAGAAAUACCAUCCUACACUCACACAGGUUGAGGCUAAAUUAAAAUUAUAUGCAAGUGCUUUUUUAUCUCGGGUCUAGUCCCAACUCUCGACUUUUCCAGCACACAAAUUGACUUCCUUUCUCAUCAAGGUUGGCUUUUGAUAAUCACACCCAAAUACUGACUGCCAUACAUAUAACAAGAUAACCAGAGCAUAUUCAGUGAGCUUUGACUUUGUCCUAACAAUUCAUACCAAAGCCAGAAUGUGUUAGUGCAGUCUAUGUUUGAUGUAUUAUAAUAAAAUUAUAGCAUUUCAAUUGUAAAA